AUGCCGAACAAAAUUCAAGACCUCCACAAGGUCGAUAAGGACUCGUUCCCGUACAUCUACGAAGAGAAUGCCACCAUCACGCUCAAGUCUUCCGAGGGGCUGGUCCGUGUGAACAUCUACCGCCCCAAGACCGACAAGCCUGUUCCCGUGCUCGUAACCUACGGUCCAUAUGGCAAAGACAUUCCAUAUGAGAACUUUUUCCCUUCGUCCUUUGCCGAACUGAACCCCGAGCAGAAAAGUACACACUCGGCGUGGGAGACGCCCGAUCCGGGCUAUUGGACAUCGCAAGGCUAUGCUAUUGUCCGAGCAGACGAGCGGGGUCUGGGACAGUCCCCUGGCUUCCUCGACACCAUGUCCAAAGGCACCUCCGAAGCCUUUUAUGAAGUUGUCGAAUGGUGUGCAGAUCAGCCAUGGUCGUCUGGCAAAACCGGUCUGUUGGGCAUAUCGUACUAUGCUGGUACGCAAUGGCGUGUGGCAGCUCGUCAGCCAAAGGGCUUGUCUGCCAUCAUUCCGUGGGAGGGUAUGAGUGAUUACUACCGUGACCGAUGCAGACAUGGAGGCAUUUUGAGUGACAAGUUCAUCGCGUUUUGGUGGAACCGCCAGGUCAUCACGAACCAGUAUGGCCGACCGGGUCGCAAGGCCAAGAACUGGGGACCGGAUACGCUCGAGGGCGAUUUGUCCGAGGAGGAGCGUGAGAAGAAUCGACGGGACCAAACGAUUGAUAACGAGAACUACCGCUUCCGGGACGAGGACUACUAUGCGAGCAAAGAAUUCAACCUGCAAGACAUCAAGGUCCCUCUGCUUUCUGUGGCCAACUGGGGUGGUAUUCUCCUGCAUUUGCGAGGCAAUGUCCAAGGCUAUGAAAAUGCGGGAAGUGAGCUGAAAUACAUUCGUUUCAUCACUGGUCGCCACGAUUUGCCCUUUUACUACAAGGAGGAAGUCGAGCUGCAGCGCUCCUUUUUGGAUGCCUUCCUCAAGGGUGAUGAUCGUGUCGGAUGGUCGCAAAAGGGCAAACUUCCUCCCGUGGACUUGGUACUCCGCAAAGGAGACGUGGGAUUCAACGAUGCCAAAGCCGAAAAGGCCUUUCCUCGCCGCACCGAAAACGAAUGGCCCAUUGCUCGCACACAGUAUACCAAAUACCACCUCCAGCCCGACAUGUCCUUGAAGACCGACGCUCCCGCGAGCCAGUCGUCCGCCAAGCCAGUCACCUACAAAGCUCUCGGCACACUCGACGACCCCCAAGCCGUCCAAUUCACAACGGCACCCUUUGAAAGCGAGACCGAAAUCACGGGCCACGUCGUCGCACGACUCUCCGUAUCCGCUUCGGCCGCAGCAGGAGGAAAACCGCCUUCGGACAUCGACCUCUUCCUCACCCUCCGCCACAUUUCCCCCGCCGGCAAAGAAGUUUUUUACACCGGCACAGCCGGCGACGCCGUACCCCUCACCAAAGGUUGGUUGCGCGUCAGUCUUCGCAAAAUCGCCGACGACCAUCCUCGCAAUCAGCCAUAUAUGCCGUAUCGCGAAUACAAGAGUACAGAUGUGCAAGAAGUCAAAGCAGGAGAAGUGUAUACGGUCGAUGUCGAAAUUUGGCCGACGAAUGUCGUGGUGGAGAAGGGAGGGAAAUUGGUGUUGGAGGUGGGAAGUGGAGAUACGCAAGGAAGUGGAAUUUUUCAACAUAAUUCGAAAAAGGAUCGGAGUGAGGAGGUUUUUGCGGGGGACAAUCAUAUUCAUUUUGGAGAGGGAAUGGAGAAUUAUGUGGUUUUGCCGGUGAUUCCUGAGAAGAAGUAA